CCGCCCAAGCUGGCUCUUGACCCACCUUUCCGUUGACGGAGCCCCAGAGGCGAACAGGUGUCCCCCAAAACGCCAAGAUGCAGCUACGGCUCUGGCUGUUCUUCAGUAUGAAGCUGGCAGCUCUCUGGAGCAGCUCUGCCCUCAUUCAGACCCCUGAGUCCCUGCUGGUUCAAACCAACCAUACUGCAAGAAUAUCCUGUGAGGUUAAAUCCUUCCCUAAGUUAACAACCAUCUACUGGCUGAGAGAGCGCCAGGACCCUACCAAGGACAAAUACUUUGAGUUCCUGGCCUCUUGGAGUUCUUCCAAACGAAUUGAAUAUGGUGAAAAGGAGAAGAAAAAUAUAAUUCCGUCUUCAGAUUCAAGCCGGUCCUUUCUCAGUAUCAUGAAUGUGAAACCAGAGGACAGUGGCUUCUACUUCUGUGCAAUGGUUGGGAGCCCCAUUAUGGUCUUUGGAAGAGGGACGAAGCUGACUGUGGUUGAUGUCUUUCCUACAACUGCCCCAACCAAGAAGACUCUUCCAAAGACGAAGAAGAAACAAUGCCCGUUCCCCCAUCCAAAGACCCACAAGGGCCGGACGUGUAGCCUCAUUCCCCUCAGCCUGCUGGUAGCCUGCACCCUGGUUCUGCUGGUGUCCCUCAGUGUGGCCAUCCACUUUCACUGUUUGCGGAGGAGAGCCCGAAUUCGUUUCAUGAAACAGUUUCACAAAUGAUCAGCACCCACAACACUGAUAGCCUGCUACAAAAGAACUGUAAGUCUAUAAAAGCAAGGUCUGUACUAAUGAGAGACACGGCACAUUCAGCAGUGGAGAGGCCACCCCCUUGCUCAAGCUGCCUGCUUUGAACGGCUGCAAGUUCUGUGUGUGGUCUGGAGUCUCACAGAGAAGGCCCCGGAAUCCAGGCUCACUCACAGAGUGUGCUGAAGAACCAAGAACUCCCACCAUGACACACCAUGUACCCUUCUUGGACUGGGCCUUAGACCCCAGCCUUCUAGCCACCGUCUUUGUUAGUUGCUUUGUAGGGCAGCCUUAUUGGCUCUUUGGCCUCUCAUGGGAGAGAGCUAUUGGGGCAGUUCUGGAGAGGACCGCACACACAGAGAAGCCACCUCAUGAAAAAGGUUUCCUGCAAACAGCUUCUGGGCUCUUGGUGGCCGUCUCACUCUCUCAGGCCUUGCCGUGGGGUUGGGAAGCUGUUGGCUCAGGAGACAGACUUCUACUUCAUCUCCUAGUAGGAGAUUUCUUAAGCUUCACUUCUUCUCUCUCGUGGCUUAUAUAUUUCUUCUCUCACGCUCUGCCCUUUUUAUGAAAAUGUCUUGGCUAUAAAAAUAAAGUCCUGUGAUAAAGA